UCACUUGGAUAGAGCAGCAUCAUGUCUGGUAGAGGUAAAGGUGGUAAGGGACUCGGCAAAGGGGGCGCAAAGCGUCAUCGUAAGGUCCUUCGCGAUAACAUCCAGGGAAUCACCAAGCCAGCUAUUCGCCGUCUGGCUCGCCGUGGCGGUGUUAAGCGUAUUUCCGGCCUGAUUUACGAAGAGACUCGCGGUGUGCUCAAAGUCUUCUUGGAGAACGUCAUCCGCGACGCCGUCACCUACACCGAGCACGCCAAAAGAAAGACCGUCACCGCCAUGGAUGUGGUGUACGCCCUGAAACGCCAGGGACGCACUCUGAAUACUUACCUCAGUUGUAAGAGUGGCAAAAAUGCUAUGGCAAGAACCAAACAGACCGCCCGAAAGUCCACUGGUGGCAAAGCACCCAGGAAGCAGCUCACCACUAAGGCUGCUCGCAAGAGCGCCCCGGCUACCGGCAGCGUGAAGAAGCCUCACCGUUACAGGCCCGGCACCGUGGCUCUGAGGGAGAUCCGCCGUUAUCAGAAGUCUACUGAGCUGCUUAUCCACAAGCUGCCCUUCCAGCGCCUGGUGAGAGAAAUCGCUCAGGAUUUCAAGACCGACUUGCGUUUCCAGAGCUCGGCCGUCAUGGCCUUGCAGGAGGCUAGCGAGGCGUACCUGGUCGGUCUGUUCGAGGACACCAACCUGUGCGCCAUUCACGCCAAGAGAGUGACCAUCAUGCCUAAGGACAUUCAGCUGGCCCGCCGUAUUCGCGGAGAGCGCGCUUAAACCUCAAUUCUGUCUAAUGUACACAAAGGCUCUUUUAAGAGCCACCA